AUGACUACCGCAUCGCAUCGCAACCCUCAUCCGACUCAGGUGACAUCCUCGGAUCUCGCUAUCCUGGACUAUCUCACCGGACCUUCGAACCCAUCACAUCGUUCUCAACGCUCUUCAAGCCAGGGUCAGGGUCAAGGAAAAGGCCAUGAGCAUGGUCACGUCGCCAAGGAAGUGACCUCUGAUGCGACGACAACAACGACCGGGAAGAAGCUUCCUAGGCGGGAACAGCCGUUGGACCCCUUGUUGAUCAGCGCAGUGAUCGAGGGUAGCGCCCCGUUGGCGACUCGUAAUCACUUUGGGCACGAAUUCCAGAGUCUACCUCGUCGACUGCCCGGCUCGUACGCGACCUGCGACGACCCUUCCCUCUCGCCCGCUUCCUCCCCCCGAUCCUCCUUCAACAGCUCCACACGACCCAACAAGAAUGCCAUGUUCAUGCGCUCUCAACAGGCGCCGAGGAGGGAGAGAUUGAGGAUGGAGGCAGAGUUGACGAUCAUGGAAGAUCACGAUCAGUCGCAGUCGCAAGUUUCGGCGGAGCAAAACGUCGUGGCCUCGAACAACAGGGAGGACGAAUCCGCCCUCUCUACUUCUCCCGGAUCGACGAGGGAGAUGCCCGUCCCGGCCCCUUCAUCCUCGUCAUCGUCCAAGUUCCCACGGAGGAGAAUGUCUGUCGACCCGGGGACCAUCUCGGCGAGCUUGCAAUUACAGCAUCAACAUCCAUCCGGGUCCAACUUACCCGCACCCGAGCGCCAGCAACAACAACAAUCCUCUUCGGAAUCCACUGUCGAACCGCUCAAGAUCCAAUGUCGAGCACGGACCCGUGUCCCUACGCCGCAUGGUGAGAUCUUCCUCCACCUCUACGUCAACAAUCACGACAACAAGGAGCACUUGGCGAUCGUCGUCGACCCCGUCCAGCUCGACCCGAUCCGAGCUCAACAGGGUCACACGUUGAUCGGCGCGAGGAGACCAAUCAGAAGCAAGACGCUCGAUGCUGUUUGGAGAAAGGAUGAGACGGACAUGGAACGGCUCGUCAGGGGUGCUUAUGUGGGCAGAUUGACGACUUCGGGAGGGAAGACGUCCGAGCCGAACGAGGGCGAGAGGGCGUUCGUACCGUCCGGCGACUUUGGGUCGAAAGGCACGAUUGAGACGCCGAAUGCCACCGACGUCGAUCCUCUGGUGAGGAUCCACUCCGAGUGCUAUACAGGAGAGACGAUCGGGAGUAUGCGGUGUGAUUGUGGGGAACAGUUGGACGAGGCGUUGAGGCAGAUUUGCGAGGACCAGAUCACCGCCGUAACGGGACGGGGACAGCAUGAUCGCAAUCUCGACGUACAUGGUCAUGAACAUGGUCACCGGCAUCGACUCUUCCUUCCUGGUCGGGGCGUUAUCGUUUAUCUCCGUCAAGAAGGUCGAGGUAUCGGGCUAUUGGAAAAGAUUCGCGCGUACAACCUUCAAGACCUCGGUCACGACACCGUCUCGGCCAACCUCUUGCUCGGUCACGGUGCUGACGAACGCAAAUACGAUAUCGCCGCAGAAAUCUUGCGCGACUUGGGUCUGGGUGGCGACGAGCACAACAAGAUCCGGCUCUUGACGAAUAAUCCGGAAAAGAUGCAAGGUCUUUCCAAGGAAGGGAUCCAUAUCAGCGAGAGGGUCGGGAUGGUUCCGAGAGGAUGGAAGACGACCCAUCGGGGCAAGCACGGCCGUCGCCAAGCUCGUAAAGGCUUACAUGACGAAGAAGUCUACGAAGAUUGGAAGGAUCGACGCGGAGGCGCGACGCUCAUCGGGGGCGGCGCCGCAAGAGGUCCCGAAUUGGAGCGUUACCUGCGGACAAAAAUCGAGCGGAUGGGUCACAGUGAGUGUCGACGUUAUUGGGGAUGCAUUGUCGCUCGGUCGUUGAUCCGUCGAGCGCUUUCGCCAUUUGCAGUGAUCGAUAUCCCAUCAGGAUCUAGCUGA